AUGUCUCACUCAAUGUCAUCAUCAUCAUCAUCAUCAUCAUCAUCAUCAUCAUCAAGGGAUGAAGGCCAGAGCAGACUCAAUAACGUGCUCAGCAACAUCGCCAAACAAUGCAGGACCACAUCAGCCCAAGUCCAGGACGUCUACCCCUGUACACCACUUCAACAAGGCCUGUUCGCCCUCUCAUUGACGUCUCCAGGGGCGUACAUGGCCCAGCAUGUCUUUAGACUCCAACCGUUCGUCGAUCAGGGACGCAUGAAGCAAGCAUGGAACGUGGUCCUGCAGAAACAUGCCAUCCUCCGCACGCGGAUCGUCAUGCUUGGGGAAAAUGCCAUGCAGGUCGUUCUCAAGCAAUCGCCUGAAUGGAGGAACUGCAGCGAUCUACGCGCGUAUCUCGAUGCCGAUCAGUCGAUCACCCUUCAGACGGGCGAGCCGCUGACCCGAUGGGCGAUCUCAGACACCCAUCUGGUCUGGAGUGCCCACCAUAGUGUUUAUGAUGGAUUCUCCGUUGAGCUCAUCUUGAGAGAUGUGGCCACAGCCUAUGCGGACGGCGAGAUACCACCCCGGCCUUCGUUUCGCCAAUUCAUCCAGCGGAUGUUCCAGCAAAAGCAGAAGUCGCUGACAGAGGCAUACUGGAAGAAGAAGACAGCACAUCUCGACGAGGUGGAUACGUUUCCUCGACUGCCGGCGUCCACGUACCGACCACGGCCCAACAGCGUGUAUAAGCACGAAUCGAGUCUGGCAAUCGAUGGGCCUUCUGGUGUCACCUUGUCGACCAUCGCCAAUGCGGCCUGGGGGUUGGUGCAGUCCAGCCAUCUCGGCAGCGAGCAAGUCAGCUUCGGGACGACCUUGAGCGGACGCAACGCGAACAUGCCCGACAUCGACAAGGUGGUCGGUCCAACGCUGGCAACGGUGCCCGUCCUUCUGGAUGUCCGGAGCAGCCAGUCUGUAGCCGACUUUCUGCAAGCAACACAGGCCUAUUUCACCGAGUUGAUCCCCCACCAGCACAUUGGGCUGCAGAACUUGAGGCGGCUCAACCGAGCGACGGAAGCAGUCUGCAACUUUCAGACUCUUUUUGCUUUUCAGCCAGGGAUGACCGAGACUCAGGGGCAGUCGCCGUACGGCCAUCUUCUCACCGCAGAGAAUAAGGACAAAGUCGAAGCUGCCUUCUACAGCUAUGCCCUCACAUUCCAGUGCUCUCUAGCAGGAACCGGGAUAAUCAAGGUGCUCGCCUCAUAUGACGACAAGAUCAUUUCGAGCUCGCAAAUGAAACGACUGGUUUUUCAGUUCGAGCAUAUAGUAUCGCAGUUGAUCAGUAGCAAUGGCUCCAAGAGAUUGAGCGAAAUCCAGCUCAUCUCGCCCCAGGACCUGGACCAGCUCGACAUUUGGAAAAGAAAAAUGGAAAGCUACGAGCAACUCUUGCCCUUGGAUGCGAUUCAACGUCAUAUCGACACUCGACCUGAUGCGACAGCCGUCGCUGCCUGGGAUGGCACCCUCUCCUACGUGGAAUUAGACGCUUUCGCCACUCGACUAGCUACAUGGUUAGUGCACGAGCAGAAGGUCGGGCCCGAAAUUGUGAUUCCCAUCUGCUUCGACCGGUCACAAUGGAUGAUCGUCUCUAUCUUCGGUGUAUUGAAAGCUGGAGGCGCCUUUCUACUUCUCGACCCAAUCUACCCUGAGAAUCGCCUCCGGUACAUGAUCAAGAUGGUCAACGCCCGAACUAUCCUCGUCUCCGAAUCGUGCAGAGCGAGGUUUGAGGGAGUUCCUGGUGCCAUACUGGCCGUGAACGCUGCUUGGUUUGAAACCCACACCCACGCAUCCAUUCCUAUGAGGGAACUCCCAGUAGACCGCGCAUUGUACCUUGUCUUUACCAGCGGUUCGACCGGCCAGCCAAAGGGGGUCAUUGUGACACAUGCGUCCUACGCUGCCUCGGCAGCAGGACAUAUGCCCGCGCUGGGGAUGAAUGAAAACACCCGGCAACUGUUCUUCGCAUCGCCCGCAUUCGAUUUAAGUAUCUAUGAAAUUCUGGGAUCCUUAAUGUGUGGCGGUACCGUCUGUGUCCCAACUGAGGAAGACCGCAAUGGAAGCGUAGCGCCGGUUAUUAGAGACAUGAAUGUGAAUCUCAUUUCUCUGACAUCGUCGUAUGCGAGGCAUCUGCGUCCGGAGGAUGUCCCGAGACUCGAGACACUUGCGCUCGUCGGUGAGCCGUUGGCUAGAGACGUCCAGCGUGUCUGGGCCAACCGCUUGACACUCAUAAAUGCCUACGGACCUGCCGAGUGUUCCGUUGUGAGCACGGUCAAGCGUCCUGUCACACUCGAUUCCAACCCAGCCAAUAUCGGUACUACUGUUGCGGGAAGGGCAUGGGUUGUCCACCCCAAAGACCAUGAGAUCCUCCUCCCGAUCGGUGCAACGGGCGAACUUCUGCUCGAGGGCGACCACCUGGCGCGCGGAUAUCUUAACGACGAGGAGAAAACAGCCGCUGCUUACAUUUUCGGUCCAUAUUGGGCACCAUCUCCAACGCCCCGUCGGUUCUACAAGACCGGUGAUUUGGUGCAUUUUGACGAAGACGGGUCGAUCGUCUUCGAAGGCCGCAAAGACUCGCAGGUCAAGAUUCGGGGGCAGCGAGUGGAGAUCGCAGAGAUCGAACAUCAUCUUGCUAGGCUGUUUCCUAAUGCUGCCGGCGCUGCAGUUGACGUCUUCAAGCAUGAGUAUCAUGUUCAUCUGGUCGCCUUUCUCUUCUGCGAUAAAGAAUCCUGGAAUUCUUCGGACACACCGGCAGAUAUUCUGCAGCGUCUUGGUGACGUUAAUGUUUCGACCAUGUCGCACAUAAAACAGCAGCUGGAGCAGGUUAUGCCUCACCAUAUGGUGCCUACCCGGUACCAGAUCUGGGCUCGCAUGCCCACGUCGCUCGCCGGUAAGCUUGAUCGAAAGGCUCUGCGCAAGGAAUUGGGCAACCAGAGUACCACCGUUAUCGAGCUCGACGAAACGAGCACUGAGUUUCCGGUCAUCGAUUCCACGAACAAGGUGGCCCUGCGGUUGAAUCACAAGAUCCUCGACCUCGCGUCGGAAGAAAAGACCACACUCGACGGGCGAGACUUCCCACUGUCCAUCCUGGGCCUCGACUCAAUCCAGCUGAUCACCAUUGUUACGUUUAUUCGGAGUGAAUAUGGCGCAAAAAUGACCGUUGAAACGCUAUACGACCUUAAGCUCACUGUGACAGGCCUCGCAGCCAUGAUCACCUCACCGCACGAUAGGCCAGCGGAAGCUGCGCCGACACUCGACCUUUCCAAGGAGCUGCAGAGGGUCUACAGGGAGUUGACCCGGCGUUCAGAGUCUAUUAAGCACAAACGAAAAGUAUUCUUGACAGGGGCAACUGGGUUGUUGGGCUCUCAGAUUCUGCGCCAGCUGCUCGCCGACCCAAGCGUCCAAAGGGUCAUCGUUCAUGUCCGCGCGAACGAUGCCGCCAAGGGUAUGGCGCGUGUAGUGUCUGCGGCAACUCUCGCCAAGUGGUGGUCAUCCUCCUACGCGAAUCGCGUAGAAUGCUGGCCUGGAGAUCUGGGAAUGCCCCAGCUCGGGCUCCAGCCUGAGCAGUGGCGGAUGCUCUGUGGGACAGCAGACGCAGGGGCUCCGAUCACCUCAGUUAUACACAACGGUGCUGCAGUGCAGUGGCAGGCCCCAUACCAAGCACUCAAGGCUGUCAAUGUCGACUCUACUGUUGAACUACUUACGGCCAUGGCCCAGUGGUCCGAGCCCGGUAGCUUCACCUUUGUCUCUGGAGGGCUGAAACGAUCACCGGGGCAGGACCUCGAAUCCUUCAUGAAAUCUCUAGAGCAGGCAAAUGGCUAUAGUCAAAGCAAGUUUGUAGCUGAGGAGUUGGUCUCGCGCUUUGCAGGCCACCAGUCGACACACCGAGUAUCGAUUGUUCGCCCGGGCUGGGUGAUCGGCACAGAGAAGGAUGCGGUUCCCAAUACGGACGACUUUCUAUGGAAGCUCGUGCAGGCCUGUAUUCAGAUUGGCGCGUAUCCGGCCGAAGGAGGCGAUCUAUGGCUCGCAGUCGCUGAUGCAGAAGAGGUAGCGACUCGUAUUCUAGCGACGACGUUUGCCGCUUCAGGCGAGUCUCCUUCUGUUGACAACGUGGAGAUCGGCACGACAGUCUCGCGUUUCUGGGAGUUGAUCAAAGUACAGACGGGCAUGGAACUGACACAGAUGAGUGCCGAGGACUGGAAGCAGGCUGCACAGGACUUUGCUGCCAGCCAGGAAUCGGAGCAGACCUUCUUGCCCGUGCUGGCCAUGCUGCAAGAUCCGCAGAUGGAGUUUGGAGUACAGCGUCCGGCGAACGGUGGACCACCGAGCAAUGUCAAUGCUGCAAUUAGGAGCAAUAUCAAAACCCUCGUCGAGACGGGCUUUCUCUCGGACUCUUCAGAAGUUGUGAUUGUCGAGGACUAG